UAUUUAGAAGUCAAUUUUAAUACGUGUUCUGUUGUAUUUUUGCGCGAUCCUAUCUCGAGACCUGGAAGGAGUGAGAUUCCAUCACCGUUUCCACCAGAGUACCAUUCCUUAGCUCACGAGUAUUAUACACAAAUAAUUAAGAAAAAGAAGGGUAGACGACAAAGGCGCCUGGUUCCUAUUGAGGAUAGAUUCAAGAUUAAAGCUCCUUCGCGACAAAACUUAGCAGAUGUAGAGUUAGAGUUAGGAUCAG